CAUAAAUGUAUUUAUAUGUCAUGUUUUGCUCAUCGCCUACUCCAACCCAAAAAGAAAAAAGAAAAAACUCUGCAAAACACAGUCUGAGAAGAAAGAGCCUUGAUAUUCAGAAUACCAAAUCCUUUUCCUUUAACUUCACGCCUUCACUUCACUCACACCAUUUCCCCAUCUUUCCCCCUUUUCUUCCCUAUCUUUCUUUAAAUCUUCAUCUUACAGAUUCAAGAAACAGACCUACUAUUUGGCAAACUUCAACAAAAUCUUUCUCUAUUUUCUUGAAAAUUUUCUUGGGAUUUUCAACAUGGGCUCUUCCUGUAAAGAACAACAACAUUUCAGGUUCUUGAAUUCGAAUCAAGAAAUAAUAAAGAUUCAAGAAGGACCGAUAAUAAUAGGAGCCGGACCAUCUGGUUUAGCAGCGGCAGCUUGUUUAUCUCAUACACACAAAAUCUCUUCAUUAAUUCUUGAAAAAUCCGACUGUAUAGCUUCUCUUUGGCAAACUAAAACCUACGAUCGUCUCAAACUUCAUCUUCCCAAACAGUUUUGUCAACUUCCACUUAUGAAUUUCCCUAAAAACUUCCCUAAAUACCCUUCUAAACACCAGUUCGUAUCUUACAUGGAGUCUUACGCUUCACACUUCUCUAUCAAACCCAAGUUCAAUCAAGCUGUUGUGAGAGCUGAAUUCGACACCGUUAACGGGUUCUGGAGAGUUAAAACUCAAGAUAAAGAAUAUAUUUCUUAUUGGCUUAUUGUUGCUACUGGUGAAAAUGCCGAGCCGGUAAUUCCUGAAAUUUCUGGCAUGGAAAAGUUUAACGGUCCUAUUAUUCAUACCAGUGUUUAUAAAUCUGGGUCUGAGUUUAUGAAUCAAAGGGUUUUAGUUGUUGGUUGUGGUAAUUCUGGUAUGGAGGUUAGUUUAGACCUUUGUAGGUAUAAUGCAAUUCCUCACAUGGUUGUUAGGAACACAGUUCAUGUUUUACCAAGAGAGAUGUUUGGGAUGUCAACCUUUACAGUAGCAAUGACACUUCUUAAGUGGUUGCCAUUAAGACUAGUUGAUAAGUUGCUACUACUUGUGGCUAAUUUCACUAUAGGCAAUACUGAUCAAUUAGGUCUCCGGAGACCUAAAACCGGCCCGCUCGAGCUUAAAAAUGUAACCGGAAAGACUCCCGUUCUUGACGUCGGCGCACUUUCUCAAAUAAAAUCAGGCAAAAUUAAGGUGAUGGAAGGUAUAAAAGAGAUAACAAGAAAUGAAGUGAAAUUUAUGGACGGACAAGAAAAGAAGUUUGAUUCAAUAAUCUUAGCAACUGGGUACAAAAGCAAUGUGCCUAAUUGGCUCAAGGGAUGUGAUUUUUUCACAAAAGAUGGAAUGCCUAAAACACCCUUUCCUAAGGGAUGGAAAGGAGACAAUGGGUUGUACACCGUUGGAUUCACAAGAAAAGGGUUAUUAGGAACGGCUUCUGAUGCUGUUAAUAUUGCACAAGAUAUAUCUGAAUCUGAGCAAUGGAGGGUAAUUAAGGACAGAAAUAAAUCUUGUAAUUCCAAUUUUAUCCUGCUAGGGAUAAAAUAAAAAAAGGAAAAGAAGAUGAAAAUUUGGUAAACUUGAUAGAGUAGGUUUGUUUUUUACCUUGGGAGAUUUUACUGUUCAGAGAAGGCAACAGAACUAAUUCCCAAUUUUCUGUAAUUUUUUGUUGUUGCUUAUGGUUAAUUUAGUUCUUGUAAAUCUACCAAUUUUGUAUGAAGGGUUAACAUCAACUUCUUCUCAUGUAUCUUUGUUAACUUUGUACAAAAUAAUUUUCUUUAAUAAACUUCUUUUUUGUCUA